AAUGGCUUCCGCAUUGACCGGUGACGACUUGAUGCGGACCAUGAGCCGCAACAUGAGUAGGAACAUGAGUCGUAACAUGAGUCGUAACAUGAGCCGAAACAUGAGCCGUGGAGGCGGUUUGGCGUCGGGGAGCAUGAGGGGUUGGGGGGCAGCUAGUAUCCGGGAAGUGUUCACGACACCGGGUCCAGAUGUUUUCCAAAAAAGCGGGAGAGAAGACGACGAAGACGAACUCAUGUGGGCUGCCAUCGAAAGACUCCCGACGUAUGAUCGCUUACGAAAGGGAUUCUUGACCAACAUUUUGGAUGAUGGGAAAGUUGUUCGCGAAGAGAUUGAUGUUGCGAACCUUGGACCCGAAGAGCGACAAAAUCUAAUGAAGAAUAUGCAAAAAGCGAUCGAUGAUGACAACGAACGCCUUCUUGAACGGCUUAGAGACCGCAUUGAUCGUGUCGGGAUCGACAUUCCGAGGAUCGAAAUUCGGUUUGAGAAUUUGUCUAUUGAAGGAGAUGUGUUUGUUGGAAGUAGAGCACUUCCAACCUUGUUCAACUCUACUAUCAAUUCAUUUGAGGACGUUCUUGGUUUCUUGAGACUUUUCCCAUCGAAGAAACGGGUUGUCAAGAUCCUUAAUGAAGUAUCCGGGAUCGUGGCGCCAUCUAGAAUGACUCUACUUUUGGGACCUCCGGGCUCGGGGAAGACUACAUUGUUGAAAGCGCUAGCGGGAAAGCUCGAAAAUGAUCUAAGGGUAACGGGUAAGGUAACGUAUUGUGGCCACGAAAUGAACGAGUUCGUCCCUCAAAGAACUUGUGCUUAUAUUAGCCAACACGAUCUACACCACGGUGAGUUGACCGUUAGAGAGACUUUGGAUUUUUCGGGACGUUGCGCUGGAGUUGGAACGCGAUACGAGAUGUUGGCGGAGUUGUCGAGACGGGAAAAAGCCGAAGGCAUCAAACCGGAUCCUGAACUUGAUGCAUUCAUGAAAGCUAUAGCGGUUUCGGGACAAAAAUCUAGUUUAGUCACUGAGUAUGUGCUCAGGCUACUUGGGCUAGACAUAUGUUCAGACACAAUGGUGGGAGAUGAUAUGAGAAGGGGCAUAUCCGGCGGCCAGAAAAAGCGUGUAACAACGGGCGAAAUGCUCGUGGGACCCGCAAAGGUAUUCCUAAUGGACGAGAUCUCAACCGGGCUCGACAGUUCGACAACGUUCCAAAUAAUAAAAUACAUGAGACAAAUGGUUCACAUCAUGGACAUCACCAUGAUAAUAUCACUUCUCCAACCGGCACCCGAGACUUUUGAACUUUUCGACGACAUAGUCCUCCUCUCGGAAGGCCAAGUGGUCUACCAGGGCCCGAGAACAAGCGUUCUCGAGUUCUUUGAACACGUGGGGUUCAAAUGCCCCGAAAGAAAAGGCGUCGCGGACUUCCUUCAAGAAGUCACAUCAAAGAAAGACCAAGAACAAUAUUGGUUCAACAAAAGUAUCGCUUACCGAUACGUCUCCGUAGACGAUUUCGUUCAUCGUUUUCAAAACUACCAUACCGGACGAAAAAUCGCGGGCAUUCUUCAUGUUCCUUACGACAAAUCUAAAGCGCAUCCCGCAGCUUUAGUGACCAAUAAAUAUGGAAUAUCUAACAAAGAACUUUUUAAGGCAUGUUUGUCUAGAGAAUGGCUUUUAAUGAAAAGAAAUGCUUUUGUGUACAUUUUCAAAACUACACAAAUUACAAUCAUGGCUUUGUUUACUUUCACCGUGUUCUUUCGGACCACGAUGAAGUACGGCGAUCUAGACGAUGGUGGAAAGUACUACGGCGCGCUGUUUUUUAGUCUGAUCAAUGUUAUGUUUAAUGGGAUGGCGGAGCUUGCGUUGACUAUUUUUCGGUUACCGGUUUUCUAUAAGCAAAGGGAUUCAUUGUUCUAUCCUGCUUGGGCUUUUGCUCUUCCUGUUUGGCUUUUGAGACUGCCACUUUCACUUCUGGAAUCUGGGAUUUGGAUUGUGUUGACUUAUUACACUGUUGGGUUUGCUCCUUCUGCUAGUUGUUUCUUCCGGCAAUUGUUGGCGUACUUGGGUAUACAUCAAAUGGCGUUAGGUCUAUUCCGGUUCAUCGCUGCGCUAGGAAGAACACAAGUUGUUGCCAACACGCUCGGCACGUUCACAUUGCUGUUGGUUUUUGUUCUCGGCGGUUUCAUUAUUGCGAAAGAUGAUCUUGAACCAUGGAUGAAAUGGGCAUAUUACCUUUCUCCCAUGUCAUACGGACAAAACGCCAUCGUGCUAGUUGAGUUUCUUGAUAAAAGAUGGAGCGCGCCAAGUUUUGACAUACAAGGUAACGAAUCGACGGUUGGGAAAUUACUUCUAAAGGGUAGAGGAAUGUUUACAGAAGGCCAUUGGUAUUGGAUUUGUGUUCUUGCACUCUUUGGAUUCUCUUUGGUCUUCAACCUUUUCUUUAUGCUAGCACUUACAUAUUUGACGCCUAUGGUGGAUGCUAAAUCGGUUGUAGACGAUAACGAUGAGAAGAACAAGAAGUUGGUGAAAAUGGAAAGCGAGGCGGAUUCCAAUGGAUCAAACAAAAAGGGAAUGGUGUUACCGUUUAAGCCGUUGUCUUUGGUGUUUGAUCAUGUUAACUAUUAUGUCGAUAUGCCCGCUGAAAUGAAAAGCCAAGGCGUGGAGGAGGAUCGUUUGCAGCUUUUACGCGAUGUGAGUGGUGCGUUUCGGCCAGGAGUUUUGACAGCGUUAGUCGGGGUAAGUGGUGCCGGAAAAACAACGUUGAUGGACGUGUUGGCUGGAAGGAAAACCGGAGGAUAUAUCGAAGGAAGUAUUAGUAUAUCUGGUUACCCGAAGAACCAAGAGACUUUUGCUCGUGUUAGCGGCUAUUGUGAACAAAACGACAUUCAUUCUCCUCAUGUCACCGUUUAUGAGUCUCUCUUGUAUUCGGCUUGGCUUCGAUUAGCUUCAGACGUCGAUGAAGCCACACGAAAGAUGUUUGUAGAGGAAGUGAUGGAGCUCGUGGAGUUAGGCCCGAUCCGAAACGCUCUAGUUGGACUUCCUGGAGUUGACGGUUUAUCAACCGAGCAAAGAAAGAGGGUCACGAUAGCGGUCGAGCUGGUGGCUAACCCAUCAAUCAUAUUCAUGGACGAACCAACAUCCGGUCUAGACGCUAGAGCAGCGGCUAUAGUAAUGCGAGCCGUUAGGAACACAGUGGACACAGGUCGAACCGUUGUGUGCACCAUUCAUCAACCAAGUAUAGACAUUUUUGAAGCUUUCGAUGAAUUGUUCUUGAUGAAACGAGGCGGGCAAGCCAUAUACGCUGGACCUCUUGGGCGAUAUUCUCACCUUCUUGUCGAAUACUUUGAAUCCAUUAAGGGAGUUUCCAAGAUCACAGAUGGAUACAAUCCAGCCACAUGGAUGCUAGAAGUCAGUUCUAAUGCUGUUGAAGCUCAGUUAGGAGUUGAUUUUGCUGAAAUUUACGCGAAUUCCGAUCUCUAUCGGAGGAAUGAGGAGCUAAUCAAAGAACUAAGCACGCCACCACCCGAUUCGCAAGAUCUUCACUUUGCGACGCAGUAUUCGCAACCCUCUUUCGAACAAUUCAAAGCAUGUUUCUGGAAACAACAUAAGUCGUACUGGCGAAACCCUCAGUACAACGUUGUUCGGUUCUUUAUGACGACGGUUAUUGGUCUUAUUUUCGGGGUCAUCUUCUGGAACAAAGGAACCAAAAUGACUAAACAACAAGACUUGUCGAAUCUAAUGGGAGCGAUGUACGCGGCUGUUUUAUUCCUCGGCGGAACAAACACAUCCGCGGUUCAAUCUGUCGUAGCAAUCGAACGAACGGUUUUCUACCGCGAAAAAGCAGCAGGAAUGUACUCGGCAUUACCAUACGCGUUUGCUCAAGCUUUGGUGGAAACAAUAUAUGUUGGGAUCCAAACAUUUCUCUACAGUCUUCUGCUAUAUUACAUGAUCGGAUUCGAGUGGCAGUUUGGAAAAUUCUUAUGGUUUUAUUAUUAUGUGUUCAUGUGUUUCGUGUACUUCACGUUGUAUGGAAUGAUGCUUGUUGCUCUCACUCCAAGUUACCAGAUUGCUGCUAUUGUCAUGUCCUUUUUCCUUAGCUUUUGGAACUUGUUUUCGGGUUUCCUCAUUCCAAGAGGGCAAAUACCCAUUUGGUGGAGAUGGUACUAUUGGGGUUCACCGGUCGCAUGGACUAUUUACGGGCUGAUAACGUCUCAACUAGGGGACAAGUCAAACCCAGUUUACGUGCCAAAGCACGAAAACAUGCCGGUUAAGGUUUACUUGAAGGAAUUCUUAGGAUAUGAACACGACUUCCUCGGAUAUGUCGCUCUAGCUCAUGUUGGUUGGGUACUUUUGUUCUUCGGAGUUUUCGUGUACGGCAUCAAGGCCUUGAACUUCCAAAGGAGAUGAAUCAAACUUUCAUUCUUCUUGUUUUGGAUUCAACUUUCUAUACGUUUUGAUCAGUGUGAAUAAAAAUGGUUUUGUUUCGUUAUAUAUUUUGUAUAUUAAUUGUUGUAUGUUAUUAUCCACGUGGAAAUAACGUCUUUUUGUUAUGUGUGUUAUAUGGAGUGCAAUAAAGCAAUGGUUUACUAUC